AUGCGUACCACUCUCGUCUUGUUCUGUCUCAUCGCAGUCGUGGUCGCGCGUCCCCCCGCUCAAGCUCAUAUCGACCACGACCGUAGCACAUCGACUACCUUCAAUUCGAGCGGUGCUGCGUCCUCCAGUAACGAUCCACCCACGAAGACUCUACACCUGCGCAACGAAGGAGGGUCGUUCCCCUCGGACUUCUCCAUCCCCUCGAUUCCAUCGGAUUGGUCGUCCACCAGCCGACCGUCGGGCUUCUCCAUCCCUGCCAUCCCUUCCGGGUAUUCCACUGGCCUGCCGUCAGGAUUCUCUCUCCCGGCAAUCCCUUCCGGCUGGGAAUCCGGCGUUCCUUCGGGUUUCUCCUUGCCAUCGGGCUGGACGUAUCCCACUCAAUGGGGACAGGCGACUGCAUCCCAACCCACAACAAGAACCCUCAGCUCAACGCGGCGACCAGUUGGACAUUCCCUUCCGACUCCUAUCCCUUCAAACUGGGCGACGGGCAUCCCGUCUGGAUUCUCCAUCCCUCCCAUCCCCUCCGACUGGGCGUCCCUUCUACCCUCCGACUUCUCGGUCCCCGCCGAUGGGGCCGUCAAUCCCACAACGCACGGUGUCACCGGAGGCUCCGGGACCGCGAGUCGAACACCCAGCAACGACCCACCUCCGACAAACGCUCCCGCCGGCAAACUCACCGUGGAUGCAGUCGGGGCCGCAGACGCCCAGGCCACGGCCGUCGGACAAAGUCCUUCGCCGGAUCUGUCAACGCUCACCCCCAACAGUUACAUUGCCAUCGGCCUCCUUGGCGGCGUUCUUACUCUGCUUGGAGUAGGCGUAUUAUUGACGAUUCAUGGCCAACAUAGGACUAAGGAAUAUGCGCCCAUCUGGAGGGCUGAACGGAUGAUGGAACGGGAUGUGCCGUACGAAAACGGCUUCCGUGGCACCAAGGACUGA